AUGUCUGGACGUGGAAAAGGAGGCAAGAGUAAAGCUAAGCCAAAAAGUCGGUCAUCUCGUGCCGGUCUUCAAUUUCCUGUGAGUCGUGUUCAUCGCUUUCUUCGUAAGGGGAAUUACGCGAAACACAUUGGUGGCGGUGCUCCCGUUUAUCUCGCAGCAAUUAUGGAAUAUUUGACAGCUGAAAUUUUAGAAUUGGCUGGCAAUGCAGCUCGUGAUAAUAAAAGGAGCAGAAUUAUUCCCCGUCACAUUCAGUUGGCUAUUCGGAAUGAUGAAGAAUUAAAUCAACUCUUAUCUGGAGUGACCAUUUCUCAAGGUGGUGUUUUACCGCACAUUCAUUCGGUUCUAUUGCCAAAAAAAACUGAGAAAAAGGAUCUCGAUUAA